AUGAGUUUCCAGGACCCACUCACACUCCUGCAGCUGGCAGUGCAAAGCCUGAUAAGGAAUGAAAGCUUGUCCAACUCUAGUCUGCAGGACCUGCCAAUUCAUCUCUUUCCCCCACUGUUCAAGGAGGCCAACACUCAGAGAAAAUCAGAUUUGAUUAAGGUCCUGGUGGCAGAGUGGCCCUACCCUUGCCUUCCUGUUGGGAUGCUCAUGAAUAACCCCACCUUGGAGACCUACCAGGCUAUGUUGGAUGGAGUAGACACAUGGCUGAGGAGAAAGUAUUGUCCCAGAGGGCAGAAGCUUCAAGUGGUUGACUUGAGGAAUGUCCACGUAUGGAAGGGUCAUUCUCCAUCCACACUGAAGCAUCGUUUGGAGGUCGUGACCGAACUUCAGCUCCCCCAGGAUGAACACCAGACACAGUUGUUGCAGUGGGUGGAGAAGAGACAGGCUUCCCUGCAGGUGUGCUGUGUGAAGCUGAAGAUUGGGACAGUGGCAUUCCACAAAGUCAGGAGUGUCUUAAAAAUGUUACAGCCACAGUUCAUCGAGGAGUUGGAACUGAAUACAGUAUGGAGUCUCUCCACACUGGCAAAGUUUGUCCCUUACAUCAGAAAGAUGAGGAAUCUUCACAAAAUGCUGCUCAUACGCCUCUUCCAAGGAAGGACUGCCAUCAAUACAGAGGAGCAGCAUGUCACCAAGAUCAUUUCUCUCUUUUCCGAUCUCAGCUGUCUGCAGCAUCUCACCAUAAAGGACGUCUAUUUCCUCCACGGCCACAUGAAACAGUUGCUCAGGUGCCUGAAGACCCCCUUGGAGUGCCUGACCAUCUCUCUGUGCAAGUUCUCACAGUCAGAUUUGGAUUCCUUUGCCCAAUGGAGUCAAUCUGGGCUUAAACAUCUGUACUUGAGAGGCCUCAUUUUAACUAAUGUGGAUUUCAUGCCUCUUGAAAUUUUCCUAGAGAGUGUUGCACACACUCUGCAGGCCCUAAAAAUAAAAGACUGUGGGAUGAAGGAUGCUGACCUCCGUGGCCUUCUCCCAGUCCUGAGCCAAUGCACCCAGCUGACCACCAUCAAUUUCGUUGACAAUGACUUCUCCAUCGAUGCUCUGAAGGACCUUCUGUACCAUACUGCCAACCUAAGCCAGCUGACCAAGGAGCUCUACCCUGCUCCUAAGGAAGUCUAUGAUGAGUUUGGUUAUAUCCAAGUGGAGGAAUUCUCCCAGUGUUGUGAUGAGCUCAGGAACACACUAGUCUCUAUAAGGCAGUUCAAGUCACUCUGCUUUAAGAGCACAGCCUGCUAUGAUUGUGGCAAGCGUUAUGUCCAUGAACUGGAGACCACACUUUGUGAGUGCUCAACCUAA